GUGAAAAGUGUUUUGAUAUUUCAAGAAAACAAUUCGAACGAAACUAUACGCCUUUAACUCUUAUUAAUUAUAUUUAUAUGAAAACGAUUCCCUCAUUUUCGAGACUGUUUCGAUUGCUGAAGAGUUUGGUUAAUUUAUAAGAUGACUUGUUAAAUUAAGUUUUCGCAAAUGGAAACACCCAAAUUUCUUGGCCUAUAGUCGUGGGACAGCAUGGUAUUUUUUGUUUCGCAUUAAUAUUAGCCAAAUUAUAAAAAUGAAAUUGGUUUCUUUUGUGGCGGAAGAAGUGUUAUAUGAGGUUAAAAAUGAAUUUAUUUUUUUGUUCGUGUACAUAUUAAAAUAAUGUUGAUGCAUCUUAUUGAGCAAGGCGAAACACCUUUAUGAAUGUUCUUAAGUUUAAUGGAAGUAUUUUUCAAUUGGAUUUCUCUGAAUACAAGAAAUUAAAAGGUCAAUUAAAAUGCAUAGAAGAAAACGAUUCAGAACAAUAAGAGAUGRUCGUAUGAGAUGUUAUUUAACUUCAGCAUAGAGACAAUUCAACGAAUAGCCACUUUCUUAUAAUGUUCUGCCGUCCAUAUUGGCAAUGGCGAAAUAAGGAAACGAAAAUUAUGGCUAGAGCAAAAUGGAAGCGAAAAUAACAGUGAGAUAAUUAAAAAAGAWAUUAAAUGAAAAAUAUACACACAUGCAUAUAUUGAGGUGUUAAUGAUAUAUAUUCAUAUUACAUUUUAAAAUACUGACAAUAAAUGUGAUAUUACUUGUGUAUUAAAACGGAAAUAAAUGCAGAGUUCAUUGAAAUAUUACAUAAACAUCGAAGACAAAUGAGAAAAAUUAUUUUGUCACUUAGUAAGGUUAAAUUUCGGUAAAUUAUACGAAUAUCGGCUGCCGGGAUUGCAGAAAUUGCUUGCAAGAAGCAAAACUUACGAACAUCAAUGAACUUACUGUGCUGUUGCUGCGGUAAUAUGGCGCCGAACACUAGGAUAACUCGUAAAUGGGAGUUAUUUGCUGGGCGCAACAAAUUUUACUGCGAUGGAUUAUUGAUGUCCGCACCACACACGGGGGUUUUUUAUUUAACUUGCAUACUGAUAACGGGAACCAGUGCACUGUUUUUUGCAUUUGAUUGUCCGUUUCUGGCUACACGUAUAAAUCCUAUCAUUCCUAUUGUUGGUGCAGUGCUUUACUUCUUUACAAUGAGUUCCUUGCUACGAACAACCUUUACAGAUCCUGGUGUUAUACCCCGUGCUUCUCACGACGAGGCUGCCUAUAUAGAAAAGCAGAUUGAAGUGCCAAAUUCUCUCAAUAGUCCYACAUAUCGGCCACCGCCACGCACAAAAGAGGUCCUUGUUAAAGGACAAACAGUGAAAUUGAAGUAYUGCUUUACAUGUAAAAUAUUUCGACCCCCACGUGCAUCGCAUUGCAGUUUAUGCGAUAAUUGUGUUGAUCGRUUCGAUCACCACUGUCCCUGGGUUGGUAAUUGCGUGGGAAAACGAAAUUAUCGUUUCUUUUAUUUAUUUCUAGUCUCGUUAGCAUUUUUAGCGGUAUUUAUAUUUUCAUGUUCUGUGACUCAUUUAGUUUUAUUGAUGAAGGCAGAACAGGAAAUAUUUGAGGUGAUAAAAAAGGCGCCAUUUACUGUGAUUGUUGUGUUCAUUUGCUUCUUUUCGAUUUGGUCAGUUAUUGGUUUGGCAGGAUUUCAUACCUAUCUGACAACCAGUGAUCAAACUACGAAUGAAGACUUGAAAGGAUCGUUUUCUUCAAAAGGGGGUCAGCGUUCGAUAAAUCCAUAUUCGCGAGGAAACAUCUGUCUAAAUUGUUGUCAUAUACUUUGCGGGCCAAUGACACCAUCACUAAUAGACCGUCGGGGUAUUGCAACGGAUGAUUAUAUUUUGCAAAUGCAACAACAUUCCAGUCCACGCCAUCCUUUAAGCGACGUGAUGAGUGCUUCUCACGUAGGUUCAAGUGGAAUGGUUACGGCCCAACCAGUAAUUGCAGGAGUAAGUGCGGGCACUAACGUUGGGGGCAAUGAUAUUAAAAACCGCCUUUACGAAGAGUCUAAUGCCUCUUCGGCAACAUUAGGUGCUAGUAAUGGAAUAUAUCGACCACGGAGUUAUGAUAAUCUACAAAACGGAAACUCCAAUAGCCUUGCGCAUUUGGUAGAUAACGAAAUUCCCCUUUCCCAGAUGGACGUACCGCAAACACAAACCGCACAAAUGCAACGGCAAUUCCGUCACCAUAAAGAUCGUGUACAAACGAGUUCCUCAGAUAGCAAUAAUAUUAUAAAUACAUUUGACACUAACGACUGCAAUCCGGACGAUGUAAUUGAAAUCGUCGGUAAAUCGGAAGUUGUAGUUGCUGUGGCAGCAAUCGCUGCUACAAGUCAAGCUCGCGAACGCCAGAAUCGUUCGGACAGCUAUAAUAACUUAUUUUAUUCGGAUAGUGGCCCCGCUAUUGCAAAAAGCAAUACAUUACCAUCGAGUGUUUCGGCUAUUGAAAGUUUUGAUAAAGAAUCACCCGAUCUUCCGCAAGAAAAUGCAGUUAACUUAUCUGCCAGUGUAGACAUGAAAGAUUCUGUAGAUUUGAGAGAAGAAACUGAAUCAACAAAUGAAAAACAGAAAUCCAACUUGUUAAAACCAAUUUCCCAAAUAGAAAAUGUGUAUAGCAACGUCUUACAAAGUGGUGCUCCCUGUGCUAAACAUGCAGAUAGUAAUACCAGUUUACAUGUGUACUCCAAUUUAAUGGACGAACAAAAACAGCACGAAUUAACGCUACAAAUGAAUAAACAAUAUAAGCAAUUAGCGCAGAAAAGUAUUUCAUCAUCCGGUGUAAUGUUAUCAUCAGCGUUAUUAAAUGACGAUUUAGAUUUGGACGACCCAGUUAGUGCAUCAUUUGUUGCACAAGAAAACGUAGACUCCAGUUUUUUAUCUGCCAAUGGUAAAGUGUGUGAUAGCUCUAUGAGUGGUCUAAACCGUCUACGUAUGCUAAAUAAUACGACCAUGAUAAAUACGGCACUUGAUUUAGACAGCUUGGACGGUUCUAGCUUAGGCAACAAUUCUCAAUCGUGCUUAGUUAAAGAAGCUCCUCCAUUAUCCUAAGCAUCAUAUCGUCAACUACCAGAACAAAAUAGAUACUUAUACAUAUAUACUAAAAAAGAAAAGUGUACAAGUUGAUAGUGUAAACUUUGUAUUUWAAUUUACAUAGGUUAAGAUUUAAUCAAACCGCAAUGAAGAUUUACGUACGUUUAUAGCAAACGACAUUACUCGCACAAAAACUGAGAAAACUACAAAUCAACAAUUGAUUUUUAAUUUCAGUUAUGAUCUUUACUUUUGAAGUCAUCGGUCAUGGGUAAUUUCAUAUCUUGUCUGAAUUCCAAAUUUUCAAAUUUUAAAAUAAAUUGUCGAGCUGUUGAUAGAGCAAUUUAGGAAAGAAGUUCGAACACUAAUGUUCCAAUUGAAUUUACACAUCAAUAGCAGUAUCUGUUAUGUGGUUGUUGUUGUAGCGCUAGAAAUCAUUGGCCUGAUAMAAAUUCGGAGCCGUUCUGAUUAUUUAGACCCAACUUACGUGGGAACGGACGGGAACGUGCCUGUUAUGUAUGUAAAUGUUUUUUUUUGCAAUCAUUGUAAAAAUUAGUUUUAACUUUGAAUGCUUAAUCUUGAGGAAGUGAACAGAGAAAAUAUAAAGCAUGCUGUGAAUGAGCGUGUGAGAACAAAGCCAUAAUGAGGUACUUGCGCUUUCUUAAACACUAUGUUUUUAAUAGUGCGGAUUCGGAUAUUAAUCAAUUCAACCAGUUAGUCAACACAGCAAGAGGUUGGUUAUUUAAUAAUGUACAACAGAAAAUACUUUUGUUUUGUAUUAAUGUAAAUUUCAUAAAAAAUACCGUUAUUAUUGCCGUUAGUUUAGUGCUAAGUGUUAAUGUUAYUGUCAUAUGACUCAUUAAGUUGAUUUUAUUUGGCAACCCUGAUUUUACUGUAUUUUUCUGAUGAUAUUUUUAAACAAAAAUUAUGUUUCUGAAAGAAAACUAUAUAUGAGUUAAAGUAAUGCGCAUGCAAAUUAAUCAGCAAUGGUAGUUGCAAUCACCAWUUCAUUCAUUCAUAGCACUUUAUAAUAACUAUGGCUUGAGUUCAUUGAACAAUUUAUGUGAAAUCCUAGAAAAUAAGUAAACAAUAAUUAGAGGUUAAAUGGCUGUGCCUCAAAAGAUAACCGUAGGUACGAAAUAAGCUAAAUUAACUUAAAUUGUUCGUGAGAGUUCAGAUGCACAAUUUUUAAUUAAAUUUUAGUUUAUUAUAAUUGCUUUUAGAUGUUAAGAUGUAGAAAAUAUACGCGAAUCAAAUCCAGAAAUUGCCAUUAAAAUAUGGAAGGUACGUAAAGUUAUUUAAGAUUUUAUAUUGAACAAUAAAAUGUCAGUUAAGAUUGUAAAUAAAAUAAAAAGUAAACACAACUACAUAUAUACAUGGUAAACCAUAUAAAAAKGAAGGAAUAAAUAAAUCAACCUGAUUAGUUAUAAAAGUUACUAUUACUAUUAUUGAGAUGUUAUAAAGUUGUGUUGCUGAGUAAAAGAUUAUUACAUAAACUCGUUACUGUAACUAGGUGAGAAUGUGAAUACUAUAAAUGAAUAAAGCAACGAAAACACUACCAUAAA